AUACAUUGGCAAGCUAGAUCAAUGCGAGUAGACAGACACAUGGCUAAGUUAGCAACUCUUCUUUCUGAAAGCCUCGUCUCGUGCAUUGAGCUAUGGAAUAACUAGUGGGGGGGGCGUCCCUAUAGUCUAAAGAGGCUUCCUCACAUUGGAAGCAUCUCAAUUGUAUUUCCUUUAUACCCCGAAUGUCCCUCUUCUUCUCUUCUCAAAACACAUUGGAGAAGAAGAUCUGAGCAUCCUGACUACUUCAUUCCAGUGUUCUGUCAAAACGGCCUCUCAGGAAAUGCUUUUGAGAGGGUUUGAGCGCAAUGGCUGUCUUCUGCACUGACCUGACAAACAUCGGGACAGACACCAAAAUAUAGCUUUGGUGCAAUUUUCAGAGAGUGAUGACGUCAUCAGAAGGUGGGGAGGCGGUGCUUCUGGUUGGAGAGGGGAACUUCUCGUUCUCUGCCGCUCUGAGCCGGAUCGUCGCCACGGAGACAAAUGACAUCACCUCGGGGACCGAUGACAUCACAAGGGAGACCGAUAACAUAGCCGGUGGGAGGCGUUUGAGGAUCACAGCCACCUGUCUCCAGACCAAAGAGGAGGCGCUACGACACCACGGCUCCGCCCACAACAUACACACAAUCACACACUCAGGUGGGGAGGUGCUGUUUGAGGUGGAUUGUACGCGUCUGUCAGAGUGUGUGUGUCUGCGUGGUCGACAGUUUGACCGCGUCAUCUUUAACUUCCCUCACUGCGGUCGGAAGAGUGGCGUGAAGAAGAACAGGCUACUACUCAAACACUUUUUCCUCAGCUGUGUGGGGGUGCUGAAGGAGGAAGGGGAGGUGCUUGUGUCUCUGUGCAACGGGCAGGGCGGGACUCCAGCCGACCGGCCAAUGAGAGAGUGGCACAACAGCUGGCAGGUGGUCGCCAUGGCAGCAGAGGCAGGGCUUAUCCUGAACGAGGUCCGCCCCUUCGAUGGCGAGAAACCUGCCAGUUACCAAUCCACCGGGUACAGGAGCCAGGAUAAGUGUUUCCAUGCAGAGCAGGGCGUGACUCAUGUGUUCAGUCGUAGUGUGGCCUGCAGCGCCCCCCAGAGGAAGGACAUGCAACAGCACGUUCUGGGAGGACGACCAUUGACCUACCACAUACCUGCUGAACUUUCACAUUACAUACACAGGGGUUUUCUCUCGAAUUCUAGUCAUCCCGUCAGGCUGGUUCAGGACUUUCUGGUUCAGGCCCUGGAGAGGGAAUGGCCUGUCUCCAUGGUUACAGAGCCCCUCCCCCUGCUCAUACACUCCUCACCCCAGAGACUAAAUGCAUGUUGCCCUGAGAUACAAGACACACACACACAUUGCUACUGGCUACACCCCUCCCACACACACACCACUUCACACACACCCUCAGAUGAUCACAAACACAUAGACACUCUACUGGCAGACACACACAUAACCUACGACUCAGAGGAUGAGGGAAGGGAGAGAGAGUGUAGCAACCGUUUUAAGGAGUGUGUAGGUGAGGGAGAGGAGUGUGUAGGUGAGGGAGAGGAGUGUGUAGGUGUUGGGGGAUACGUGCUGCGUCCUUCUCUACUGCCUCAGAUGGAGAUACUGAGAGAGGAGAGAGAACACAGAGAGGAGGUUCUGCAUGGUGUGAGCGGCCUUGUCUUUCAGAGAGUUCACAUCAGUCCCUGGUCCCCCCACAGAGAGGAGGUUCUGCAUGGUGUGAGCGGCCUAGUCUUUCAGAGAGUUCACAUCAGUCCCUGGUCCCCCCCUGCCUUCCACCAGCUCCUCCUCUGGGGAGCAUGGCCCAAAGCCUCUCAGUCAAUCCCUGACCUGGGGCGGAGUCUGGAGCGUCUGCUGACCCCCUAUGGGCUUUCCCUGGCUGAGGAGCAGGGGUCUCUAUGGCUGGCAGCCGAGCCAAUGGGACGGCUGGGCCGGCUGUGGGCUGAUGACCUCACUGAUGGCGUCAGUGUGUGUCUGAACCUUGACCUCCUGGCGUCACUGGUCUACUCCCUACCUGACUGGCGCCUGCUCUGGUCACCUGACCCCCGCUUCCUCAACCACUUCCGGCUCCGCCCAUUGCCAGAGCAACCGUUCCAUCCCUUCUCCCUGUUUCCACAGAGCUUUGUUUAUGACAUCAGCUUCUGGGCGGGGCCAGACUGGCAGGAGGCAGCGUUUCAUGCUCUAGUCAGGGAGGCCAGUAGAGAGAUGGUAGAGAACGUUACACUCAUCGACACCUACACACCCAACACACAGACCGACACACACCCUGACGUAACACACACCUACACACCCUACACACAGACCGACACACACCCUGACGUAACACACACCUACACACCCUACACACAGACCGACACACACCCUGACGUAACACACACCUACACACCCUACACACAGACCGACACACACCCUGACGUAACACACACCUACACACCCAACACACAGACCGACACACACCCUGACGUAACACACACCAGCUACUGUUACAGACUCACCUAUCGCUCACACACACAUGCCCUCUCACACACACGCGCGCUCAAACUCCACACACACCUGCAAAGCCUGCUGUCCACACGCAUGCAUCUCACCGUCAGGUAGUGUCUGUCUGUCUGUGAGAGAUGAGUGCAGUGUUGUAAUAUGCUGUUGGUGUCAGGAUGGUGUUGAUGUCAGGAUGGUGUUGGUGUCAGGAUGGUGUUGGUGUCAGGCUGGUGUUGAUGUCAGGAUGGUGUUGGUGUCAGGAUGGUGUUGGUGUCAGGAUGGUGUUGAUGUCAGGAUGGUGUUGGUGUUGGUGUCAGGAUGGUGUUGGUGUUGAUGUCAGUACGGUGUUGGUGUCAGGAUGGUGUUGGUGUCAGGAUGGUGUUGGUGUCAGGAUGGUGUUGAUGUCAGGAUGGUGUUGGUGUCAGGAUGGUGUUGGUGUCAGGAUGGUGUUGGUGUCAGGAUGGUGUUGGUGUCAGGAUGGUGUUAGUGUUGGUGUCAGGAUGGUGUUGGUGUCAGGAUGGUGUUGGUGUCAGGGUGGUGUUGGUGUCAGGAUGGUGUUGGUGUCAGGAUGGUGUUGGUGUCUAGAUGGUGUUGGUGUCAGGAUGGUGUUGGUGUCAGGAUGGUGUUGGUGUCAGGAUGGUGUUGGUGUCUGGAUGGUGUUGAUGUUGUGUUGGUGUCAGGCUGGUGUUGAUGUCAGGAUGGUGUUGGUGUCAGGAUGGUGUUGGUGUCAGGAUGGUGUUGAUGUUGUGUUGCUGUCAGGAUGGUGUUGGUGUCAGGAUGGUGUUGGUGUCAGGAUGGUGUUGGUGUCAGGAUGGUGUUGGUGUCAGGAUGGUGUUGAUGUCAGGAUGGUGUUGGUGUCAGGAUGGUGUUGGUGUCAGGAUGGUGUUGAUGUCAGGAUGGUGUUGGUGUCAGGAUGGUGUUGGUGUCAGGAUGGUGUUGGUGUCAAGAUGGUGUUGGUGUCAGGAUGGUGUUGGUGUCAGGAUGGUGUUGAUGUUGAUGUCAGGAUGGUGUUGGUGUCAGGAUGGUGUUGGCGUUGGUGUCAGGAUGGUGUUGGUGUUGGUGUCAGGAUGGUGUUGGUGUCAGGAUGGUGUUGGUGUUGGUGUCAGGAUGGUGUUGGUGUCAGGAUGGUGUUGAUGUCAGGAUGGUGUUGGUGUCAGGAUGCUGUUGGUGUCAGGAUGGUGUUGAUGUUGAUGUCAGGAUGGUGUUGGUGUCAGGAUGGUGUUGGUGUUGGUGAUGGUGUCAGGAUGGUGUUGGUGUCAGGAUGGUGUUGGUGUCAAGAUGGUGUUGGUGUCAGGAUGGUGUUGGUGUCAGGAUGGUGUUGAUGUUGAUGUCAGGAUGGUGUUGGUGUCAGGAUGGUGUUGAUGUCAGGAUGGUGUUGGUGUCAGGAUGGUGUUGAUGUUGAUGUGAGGAUGGUGUUGGUGUCAGGAUGGUGUUGGUGUCAGGAUGGUGUUGGUGUCAGUACGGUGUUGGUGUCAGGGUGGUGUUGCUGUCAGGAUGGUGUUGGUGUCAGGAUGGUGUUGAUGUUGAUGUCAGGAUGGUGUUGGUGUCAGGAUGGUGUUGGUGUCAGGAUGAUGUUGAUGUCAGGAUGGUGUUGGUGUCAGGAUGGUGUUGGUGUCAGGUUGGUGUCAGGAUGGUGUUGGUGUCAGUACGGUGUUGGUGUCAGGAUGGUGUUGGUGUCAGGAUGGUGUUGAUGUCAGGAUGGUGUUGGUGUCAGGAUGGUGUUGAUGUCAGGAUGGUGUUGGUGUCAGGAUGGUGUUGGUGUCAGGAUGGUGUUGAUGUCAGGAUGGUGUUGGUGUCAGGAUGGUGUUGAUGUCAGGAUGGUGUUGGUGUCAGGAUGGUGUUGGUGUUGGUGUCAGGAUGGUGUUGGUGUCAGGAUGGUGUUGGUGUCAAGAUGGUGUUGGUGUCAGGAUGGUGUUGGUGUCAGGAUGGUGUUGGUGUCAGGAUGGUGUUGGUGUCAGGAUGGUGUUGUGUUGUGGAAUGAUGUUUGUGUCAUUGGCCUCCACACUUACCCUGUAAUGUCAAAGUGGAAUGAUGAUGUUUUUUUAGUUUUUUUUUUACAAAUGAAUAAAAAAUGAAAAGCUGAAA